AGGACUACCUGAAAUACUCAAGGCGAAGCAUGAGCAACUGUCACCAUGGUGAUCUGUGGCAGCCAACGCAGUGAAGACGACGAUCGGAGGCUACUGCGUAGUAUGGAACAACUUAACAAGGAAAAACAAGGCACGGCUUUUCAACAUGUUAGGAAUAACAUUGAAGGUCUUAAUGGCCGAUGUGGAGUACAAGACACUGACUUGAUCUUCCUGAAAGGCUUGAUGAGCUCACCAGUUAUGAGUUCUCUUGUAAAAAUGCAGGACAGAUUGGAGGAAACUGGUGGAGUUGCUGAGCCCAUGGGAACAGAAAACACUGAUCUUUUACAUGUUGUCAGUGGUAUAUGUAGAGAGUUGGGUAGUAAGCCUGCUCAGGAGUUGGCUGACAUUCUGCAUAGUCCACACAUACAGGCAUUGAUAGAAGCCCAUGAUAGUAUUGCCACCAAAAGCUUUGAAGCACAGGCUCCUGCUGAAACCUUGCCAUUUCUUCUUCCACCAGCUGCUAAUGGAAUGACAGGAGAGGCCAUUCGCAUGGUUGGGAUAAGUAAGCAACUGAAUGAACCAUUGGGUGUUACUGUCAAAAGUGAAGGUGAUAAUCUUGUAAUAGCAAGAAUUCUUUCAGGAGGCAUAAUUGAUCGGCAAGGUCUCCUUCACGUUGGUGAUAAUAUAAUGGAAAUUAAUGGGGUUGAGGUUCACACCCCUCAACAACUUCAGGAACAGCUUAAGAAUAUUGAUGGAAGUAUAACAUUUAAGAUUAUGUCUGCAUACCAAGACAGUUUUCCUUCCUCACGUUGCUAUCUCAAAGCUUUGUAUAAUUAUGAUCCCAGCAAGGACAACCUUUUACCAUGUAAAGAAAUAGGACUAAGUUUCAAGCAAGGAAAUAUAUUAGAAAUUUUGAAUCAACAAGACCCAAACUGGUGGCAGGCAAGGAUUUUGGAUUCUAAGGGUCCAACUGGACUAAUUCCAUCCCAGGAGUUAGAGGAAAGAAGAAGAGCUUUUGUACGGCCAGAAUUUGACUUCACCACUAAAUCAAGUAUGUGUGGUACAAGGAUGUCUAAGAAGAAGAGGAAAAGAUUUUAUCAAACAAAAGCUAAUGGAGAUUUUGACAAGGCAGAACUUCUUUUGUAUGAAGAGGUUGCUCGAAUGCCUCCAUUCAAACGAAAGACAUUAGUCCUUCUUGGUGCUCAAGGCGUUGGACGCCGAUCCCUUAAAACUCAACUAAUUAGUACAGCCCCAGAUAAAUUUUCUUCUCCACUGCCUUACACUUCUCGACCAAUCAGAGAUGGGGAGGUAAAUGGAAAAACAUACCACUUCAUGUCUAGGGAGGCAAUAGAAGCAGACAUUGCAGAAAAUAAAUACCUGGAAUGGGGUGAACAUGGGGGGCAUCUAUAUGGAACUAAUCUUGACAGCAUUCGUGCAAUUAUUAAUUCAGGAAAAAUGUGUGUGUUGGAUUGCAAUCCUCAGUCUCUGAAGAUGCUGAAAACUCCAGAGUUUAUGCCUUAUGUCGUAUUUGUUUCUGCACCUCAAGUGGAGCUUUUAAAACAGAUGCAUGAGAAUGGUCGUCAUCAUGGGUUCACUAGUAUGAGAAGUCUAACGUUUGAGAAAGCUAUGGGGCGUCAUGGAUCUCGUCGUGCUCGAACCCUUGAAAGCUUAGCAUCCUUGUAUGAGGAUGAAGAGCUUAAAUCUACAAUUGAGGAGAGUGGACGAUUACAGCGGGCAUAUGAGAAGUAUUUUGAUCUAACGUUAGUAAACAACAAUUUUGAUAAAACUUUUGAGCUUCUUCAAGAAGCAAUUAAUUCCUUGAGCACAGAGGACCAGUGGAUUCCAGUGUCAUGGGUGUACUAGAAUUCCAGAGACACUAGUAUCUAGGAUAAUAAGAAUACAAGUAUUCCUGAUGUAAUUUUUAUCUCGUUGUUAAAGGCUAAAACUCGAGCAGUUUAUCCUCCACUUAUAGAUGGAUGGUAUCUUCCAUGUUUAGAUGUUUACUGAUGUGGAAAGCAGCUAAACUAUGAUAUGUUUCUCAUCACUAGCAUUCAUUAUAUUUGGAGGAUUGUACAGAUUUGCCAAGUACUUGAACUGAUAGAUCAUUCAGUGAAACAAUGUAAAAUUUACUUUUUUAUCUGAAUUAAAGCAAGCCCAUUGGUUUGGGGCUGUACUUUUUUAUGUUGUUAAUACAGAAUUAAUAUCUUUCUUCCUCUUUAUUUUUGUGAUUCAGAAAGUGAUAUUAACAUUGUUUUAUUCUGUUAACACCAAGUUCUUAGUUACACAAGAUGCUGGGGUUUAUAUGAAGCGCAUUCCAUGAUCUUAUCAGUUAAUUGUUAGUAUUGUUAACAAAUUUACUGGUAUAUUACAGGUGUGUGUAGCUAAUGACAAAAUCACUAUAAUUAGACUUAUAAUACAUUUGGUUUAUAACAUAUUUUAGAACUGUUUGAGGUUAGAAAUAUAGUCCUUCUACUACGAUUUGUGCAAGAUAGUUAAAUAUUAGGGUAAAUUUUGCAUUCUGAAGUUGUAAAAAGUUUGCUAUUUUUUUCCUGGAAACAAUUGGUAGUGAAAGAUUCUCUUGUAUUUACAUUAUUGUACUUUUCAUCUGAUAUGACAUAUAAACUGUACUGAUGAUUCUUAAACGUGGCAGCUAAUAAUAUUUGGGUUUGUCAUAAAUCCUUCUUGAAACUGUAUUAGUGAAUUCAGUUUGUGUCAAAAGUCAACAUAAAAAUAUUGUCACUGGGUGCUUUGAACUGUUAUUAAUGUAAUGUUACAUCUGAGGAUUUUCAGUAAUUGGUGAAUCUUUUUUUUAUUCAAUAUUUGCAAAUCUAUUGCAAAAAUCUGUUUGGGUUAGGAAAAUAGUUUAAAUAAAGUGUUUAUAUUGUAGUCUUGUAAAAACAAAAUAAUAUAUCAUAUAGUAAAUUAAAGAAACAUUCUUGAAAGCUUAAAUAUAGUAUUUUUAUAGUUAUAAAAAUGUUAACUGCUUGUAGAUUUUGAGAUUAUUUAGCAAAGUCUAAUUAAGUGUGUUGGUCAAUUUUAUGUUGUUCAUCACAAAUAGAAACCUUUUUUUUCCACAAUUUCGUUCAUAGUGAUGAAGAUACAAGUGUUAUUUAGAAAUAUAGUUGCUUUGUGGUACUGUAGGUAUAAAAAUGGAGUAUGAUGUAAUUCGUUUUAUAGAUUUAUUUAUUUAAAUAGGCCAGAUUUGACACCCAAGAAUUACAAUGUCUUGUUAAAUUUUAUUCCUGUUUGUUUUGUGGAGAAAUUUGUGAAUGUAACAGGAAUUAAUCGUGGUACGUCAUUAAAAUCUUAUUUUAAUAAAUAUA